AUGUCUAACCCGCUGCCAAAGCCCAAGCUGCGAGGAGGCUUGAUGGCGACCGCAUUCUGCGCCGUCAUCAUUGUCGGUUCCCUGACCGGUGCGCAGCUCAAAUCCGACCAUCAAAAAACCGAGACCAUCAAACAAUUUCGCGCCGACUCGCCGGCACAGCAAAUAGCCAUCCUCGAGGAGCAGCGAAAACAUCUGGUGCAGCAGCGCGCGCAAUUCGAUCGCAAGAUGCAAGUCUUUCAGGAGCGUCUCGCGGAGCGCGAGCAGGAAAAGGCGAAACGAGAGAAAUAA